ACCUCCCGUGUCAUGUGUUUUCUAUGCAUACGUGCUGCUGCAUGUUCACGUUGUUGUUGUUCCUGAUUUGAAUUCCUGAGCUGAGGCCUGCAGCUUCCUUCAGUCACUUCUGCAGCAGAUAACAGACGGCAGCUCUGUGAGUGUCAGUGUCUCUGCUCGCUGCUCUGUUUGAUGAUCCACAUUUCUGAGCAGGAAGACGUGGCCCCGCCUCCUGUUUCUGUUGUGUUUGUAGACUUCCAGACUCGCUGCUCGCUCUGACAGACGCUCAGUGAAGCAACACGCUCGGCUAUAAAUACACCAAUCCUCGCUGAGGCUGUGCAGGCUGCACGCUGAGCCUGGACGACUCGCAGAUCUGCACGUUAGGCAGCGUCCGACCCGCGAGGAGCUCACCGCCACAAAGUUUCUCUGUUGUUUCGUGCUGUGGCUGCAGCUAUGGGAGACUUUUGGGGAGGUAUUGCCAGUCAGAGAGUGGCCAGAGCGAUGUCGCUGGGGAACGAUGAGGAGGCGGUGUUGGAUCAGGGGAAGACCAGCUCCACCCCGUACACCAACUUUGAGAAAGAAGAGCUGGAGAGUCACAGGGCGGUGUACGUCGGCGUCCACGUUCCUCUGGGCCGACAGAGUCGACGGCGUCACCGCCACAGAGGACACCGACAUCACCGGAAACGACGGGACCGCUCAGACCGGGAGGAUGGACGAGAGUCCCCCACAAAUGACACGCCGUCUCAGAGAGUUCAGUUCAUCCUCGGGACGGAGGACGGAGACGAGGAGCACAUCCCCCACGACCUGUUCACCGAGCUGGACGAGCUCGCCUUCAGAGACGGAGACUUCCAGGAGUGGAAGGAGACGGCCAGGUGGCUGAAGUUCGAGGAGGACGUGGAAGAUGGCGGCGAGCGUUGGAGUAAACCGUACGUGGCCACGCUGUCGCUCCACAGUCUGUUCGAGCUGCGCUCCUGCAUCCUGAACGGCACCGUGCUGCUCGACAUGAGGGCCAACACCAUCGACGAGAUUGCAGACAUGGUGAUUGACAGCAUGCUGGCGUCAGGUCAGCUGGAGGAGACCCAUCGAGAGAAGGUGAGGGAGGCCAUGUUGAGGCGUCACCACCAUCAGAGCGAGAAGAAGCUGAGCAACCGGAUCCCACUGGUCCGAUCCUUCGCCGACAUAGGCAAGAAACACUCCGACCCCCAUUUACUGGAACGCAACGCAUCGUCCUCUCGUCCUCAUGUUUCUCCUUUCACCCUAUUCUUCUUCUUCUCUUCUUCAGGGGAGGGUCUGUUCUCCUCCUCUCGUCUCUCAGUCCUCCGUCGCUCCUCUAUCUCCUCCUGUGACACCUCCACCCCUCCUCCGUCCCCUCGCAUCCCCAACCUCCACAGCCCUGCCUCCUCGCCUCAGACCACUCACCACCUCUCAGAGCCCUGCCCGCCCGGCCCUGCCCCCUCAGACCAUGCCUCCACCGCCGCUCUGCUCCUGAAGGACUGUUGGGAGGAGCAGGGAUCCCCCAGGUGGUGGUUUACCCGCCAGAAGAGGAGGGUGUGUUCAAGAUGGAGGACCACCAGGACCUUCACAGUGACUCAGGCAAAUAUCUGUCUGCUGGCGUCUCCUCACUCGGCUCCAGGAAACCUCGACAACAGCAAGAACAGCGAGGGUCGCAUCAACGGCGGCAGUCGGGAGAACAGCACAGUGGACUUCAGUAAGGUGGACAUGAACUUCAUGAAGAAGAUCCCUCCUGGUGCUGAGGCCUCCAACGUCCUGGUGGGUGAAGUCGACUUCCUGGAACGGCCGAUCAUCGCCUUCGUCCGACUCGCCCCCGCCAUGCUGCUGACCGGACUCACAGAGGUCCCAGUGCCCACCAGGUUUCUCUUCCUGCUGCUCGGUCCGUUUGGUAAAGGUCCACAGUACCACGAGAUCGGACGCUCCAUGGCCACUCUGAUGACGGACGAGGUCUUCCACGAUGUGGCCUACAAAGCCAAGGACAGGAACGACCUGCUGUCGGGCAUCGACGAGUUCCUGGAUCAGGUCACUGUGCUUCCUCCGGGCGAAUGGGACCCGAGCAUCCGCAUCGAGCCCCCAAAGAGCGUCCCGUCUCAGGAGAAGAGGAAGAUGGCGUCUGUCCUAAAUGGCUCCGCCCACUGCUCUGACACCGUCAAGGAGGCGGAGCAUGAAGCAGGACCAGAGCUGCAGAGGACGGGGAGGUCAGUGUACAAGGACUACAAACAUGGCCGCCAAGUGGCCAUAGAGUCCCGCUUUCGGCGUCCUGACCGGCGUGGCGUACUCUCGGCGCGUGCUGCGGCCAACUUGCCGAGCGCGGCGCUGGCGGCCCUACUGCCGGAGGGCGCUGCUGCCCGCUGUGCCGGCAGCCCUUGCGGCCAGCGUGCCCGGAGCGGCGCUGCGGACAGACGUGCGGACGGAGACGUUCGGCCAGCUGUGCAGGCGCGGGUGCUGCGGCCCGCUGUGACGGCGCGGCGCGUGCGGCCCUCUACGGCGCCGGCGCGAAUCGGACCGCCCGUGCAGGAGAGCGAUGAGGACAGACCUGAAGUAGGGAGCUUGAGGACAGAGUGGAAAGGGAGAGGAAAUGAGGCCAGCUGUGAAAGCGAGGCAUGCUCCCGCUGUGCGGCAUUGCAUGUCGGCCCGCUGUGCCGGAGCGGGUGCGCGGCCCGCUGUGCAGUCUUGAGCAGCCUCACCUCGUCUCUCGGCCUGCAGCUCUUCCAGGACGGCCUGAGCCGCCUUCAGCUCGGCCUGCCCGUCCACGGGCUGAGCCGCCUUCAGCUCGGCCUGCCCGUCCACGGGCUGAGCCGAGCCAGACCGGACCAGGCAGACCAGGGCCAGCAGCAGCAGGAUGGUGACUACGGACUGUGCUACCUGUCCCUGCGGACCAGUAUCGGACUCUGGACCGCCUUCCUGUGCCUGGUGCUGGUCGCCACCGACGCCAGCUCUCUAGUCUGCUACAUCACCCGCUUCACGGAGGAGGCCUUCGCCGCCCUCAUCUGCAUCAUCUUCAUCUACGAGUCUCUGGAGAAGCUGUUCAAGCUCGGAGAGGACUUCCCCAUCAACAUGCACAGCCAGCUGGACAACCUCACCUUCUACACGUGUCAGUGUUCUCCACCUGCCAACGCCUCACAUGAAGUCCUGCAGGCGUGGAGCAACAAGAACGUAACCUCAGAGAACGUCCAGUGGGACCAGCUGACUGUGAAGGACUGUCAGGAUCUACAUGGGAAGUUCGUCGGCCUGGCCUGCAGCCACGACCGUCCUUACGUCCCCGACGUCCUCUUCUGGUCCGUCAUCCUCUUCUUCACCACCUUCUUCCUCUCCUCCUUCCUCAAACAGUUCAAGACCAAGAGAUACUUCCCCACCAAGGUUCGGUCGACCAUCAGUGACUUCGCCGUCUUUCUCACCAUCAUGAUCAUGGUGCUGGUGGAUUAUCUGGUUGGAGUUCCUUCACCCAAACUCGACGUACCCGACCGCUUCGAGCCCACGUCAAACACUCGUGGAUGGCUGAUCUCCCCGCUGGGUCCGAACCCCUGGUGGACGCUACUGGUCGCCGCCGUCCCCGCUCUGCUCUGCACCAUCCUCAUCUUCAUGGACCAGCAGAUCACCGCCGUCAUCGUCAACAGGAAGGAGAACAAGCUGAAGAAAGGCUGUGGCUAUCACCUGGACCUGCUGGUGGUGGCCGUGAUGCUGGGCGUGUGCUCCAUCAUGGGCCUGCCGUGGUUCGUAGCAGCGACCGUGCUCUCCAUCUCCCACGUCAACAGUCUGAAGCUGGAGUCGGAGUGCGCGGCGCCGGGCGAGCAGCCCAAGUUUCUGGGCAUCAGAGAGCAGAGAGUGACCGGCUUCAUGAUCUUUGUCCUGAUGGGCUGCUCCGUCUUCAUGACCUCCGUCCUCAAGUUCAUCCCCAUGCCCGUCCUGUACGGAGUCUUCCUCUACAUGGGAGUGUCCUCGCUCAAAGGCAUCCAGCUGUUCGAUCGGAUCAAACUGUUCGGCAUGCCGGCCAAACACCAGCCGGACCUGAUCUACCUGCGCUACGUCCCUCUGUGGAAGGUCCACAUCUUCACCGCGGUGCAGCUGUCCUGCCUCAUCGUCCUCUGGUCCAUCAAGGCGUCGUCCGCCGCCGUCGUCUUCCCCAUGAUGGUUCUGGCUCUGGUGUUCAUCCGGAAGCUUCUGGAUUUCUGCUUCACCAAGAGAGAGCUGAGCUGGCUGGACGACCUGAUACCGGAGAGCAAGAAGAAGAAAGACGACGACAAGAAGAAGAAGGAGAAGGAGGACGCUGAGCGGAUGCUGGAGGAGGCCGAGGACGACGAGCCGUACGAUGGAGGCAACGUCGACUUCCCCAUCAAAAGCCUGAAAGGACGCGUGGACCCAUCGGAGGUGAACAUCUCAGACGAAAUGGCUAAAAGCGGCAUCUGGAAGUCUGUGUCCAUGACGUGUGAGGGCAGCAGAGCUCUGCGGCGCAGCAGCAGCCAGGAGAAGCUGUCGAGCGUCCAGAUAAACGUGGAGAGCGAGGACGGUCGGCGAGUCGUGGACGCUGAGACGUCGUUAUGAUCCGCCGCCGGAGGACGAGGCGCUGUGACCCUGUCUCCAGGGGGCGGGGCCAAAAGGUGGAGGUGGACCAAUCAGGCUUCACCUCACCGAACUGUUUCCUGGAGGAAGUUUUUUAUUUUCUCAUCGUUUUAUGGUGAAACAUGGCCGCCUCAAAGACUCAGAGACUCAGAGACUCAAAGAGUCAGAGACUCAGAGACUCAAAGACUCAGAGACUCAGAGACUCAGAGACUCAAAGACUCAGGUUUGUUUGACUGAGGCGGCUGCUGCGCUCUGAUUGGCUGAAACUCUGGACGCCUGAAGAACAGCUGACGAUUAAUUUGAUAACUUCAGACUUUCAGUGUGUGUGUGUGUGUGUUACAGUGUGUGUGUCUGUGUGUGUGUGUGUGUGUGUGUGUCUGUCUGUGUGUUACAGUGUGUGUGUGUGUGUGUGUGUGUCUGUGUGUGUGUGUGUGUGUGUGUUACAGUGUGUGUGUGUCACAGCUGCUGUCGUCGUUUUUUCUCAAAGAUUCAAUAAAUCAUUUUAAUCUGA